AAAUCUGUUAACCAUGUGCGUUCUGCAAUCUACUGUGGUAUUGGAUAGUACUUCCGGUACCGUUACAUUCGUUUUUCUUUGUUUUCACAAUAGAUUCUACUAACGAUGCCAACCUUUGUCUUGACCCAUAAACGAUCGCAAAGAAAAACUGCAACAUUUUCGGACGAGGAAGGACCAUCCACCGAGAACUGCCGAAAUGCAUCGAUCCAAUUAUGGGAUUCCGAGGGAGGUUUCUAUCAUUAUUGGUUCUGACGAAGAACAAAUCAGUUCUUCCGAGAGCUCGGUUGGAGACGAUGGCACGGGAGGUCGUAGUCGUGGAUUUUAUCUCUUUGAUGUUGUGGAAUCGACGUACAAUGAUCUUGAAAAUUCCAACCGAGGUCCUCCGCAAUCGUUGGAAGACAGAAACGACCAGAAAUUGGACAGGAAGCAAAUCAAAGAUCACACCGACGAUCCCGCCAUUGAUACUACCUUUUCUCCCGGCGAUCGUUCGACAUCGCUGGCGAGAGACAAAUUUCCAGAAAUAGGAUACGAAAAUGCCAAUGACGAUGAACGAAGGAAACUUUUAGUAGCGGAGAAUGAGUAUACACCCGUCGAUACUGACAAGAUCAGGCGCCAGAAGAAUCACUGUUUCGACGUCGCAUGCGUUUCUUGGGAAGUCCUUGCAACGUUGCCCCGCGAGGAUACAACGCACUCAACCAAAAAACGGAGGAAAAAACAAUUUAUGAGCAAUCUGCGAACAAGAGUUGAAAGAAUGCAAUGUCAGAUGAAAAAACCAUUUCGCACGGUAUCUAAAAUGAUGCUUUGUUCUGCUGGAAGAUUUCAGCACAUAGUUUGCCAAGUGCCAGAUCGACGUCUGCAAUACGAUAUGAACCAACAGUACCUCCUUCAAAAAGGAAAUAAGAGUCGUAUACUGUUAAGUGACGACUACGACGAUGACGAGAAAGAUUGUCCGAUACCACAUGUCGUAUCGCUUGGCAGCUCCGACACUGAGAGCAAGGGUGAAUUUAGCAGUUGUGGACAAUUCCAAGAAAUCUUGACAAACGAAGAUUCAGAGCGGCUCGGAAAGAAAAGCGUCUUAUCUCAUGGCAAUGACGAGAAGCACAAAUCCGACGAACUUCGAUGGCUUUAUGCUAGGCAACUCUUACCUGUUAACGACUAAUAUUCAUUGAUCCUGAUGAUGGCACUUGCUUCCAAGUCACCUCCCAAUUCAACACGGACGAAUGAACGAAUCAAUGUACUUGCAUUAGAAUGAAAAUAACACUCAGAGGUUUCAAUGGCCUGAAAUAAAUUUUAUACCAAAUG